AAGUCAUGCCCCCAGUCAGAUUGGGGCUACUCCUACAUGUAAACGAACAGUGGUGGAGGAUGACAUCACAGCAAAUGACAAGGUUAAGAGGCGAAAGUCUUUAUCAGAGUCGGGUGACGGACACCCCAGCUCUCAGUUCAUGUCACCAUACCGCAAACCCCUCCUGUCCAUCAGUAACCAGCCACUGCUGUUAGACAGCUCCAGCCAUGAAGCAUUCAUUAGGAAGAUUUUGAACAAACCUUUCAAAAUCCCCAUACCAAACUACAAAGGAGCAUGUUUGGGAAACCGAGCCUUGGGCCUUCGUCGGCAAGGGACAAGACAGCCGCUCCAUGACCCUUAUGAGGAGGGUGCCUUAGUCUUGUACACACCACCGGAGUUGUCUGCCCAUGACAAGCUUAAGGUGGACAUGGAGAAGCAACCAGUUCAUGUGGUGGUGGAUCCUAUCUUAUCUAAAGUCCUGAGGCCUCACCAGAGGGAGGGAGUGAAGUUCAUGUAUGACUGUGUGACUGGCGUCCAGAUUGAAGGCAGCCAUGGCUGUAUCAUGGCAGAUGAAAUGGGCCUGGGGAAGACUCUACAGUGUGUCACUCUAACAUGGACUUUGCUGAAACAAAGUCCUGAUGCUUGCGCCCUAGUAGAAAAAGUCAUUAUUGUCUGUCCAAGCAGUUUGGUCAAGAACUGGGCCAAUGAGUUUAACAAAUGGUUAGAUGGACGAGUCAGAUGUUUGGCGGUGGAAUCUGGAUCAAAGGAUCAGAUUGACAGAGAUUUGGUACAGUUCAUGGACCAGACUGGACGUAGAGUUCACCAGCCUGUUCUUAUCAUCUCCUACGAAACAUUUCGUCUUCACGCCUCCGUGUUACACAAGAAAAGUGUGGGCAUGAUCAUCUGUGAUGAGGGUCAUAGGCUGAAGAACUCUGACAACCAAACAUACAAGGCCCUGAGUGAGCUGAAAGUGGAACGGCGAAUCUUACUCUCCGGAACUCCUAUCCAAAAUGACCUGCUUGAGUACUUCAGUCUGGUCCAUUUUGUAAACAGAGGCAUUCUGGGCACAGCCCAGGAGUUCAAGAAGAAAUUUGAGACGCCAAUUUUACGUGGGAGAGAUGCAGAUGCAAGUGAUUCUGACCACAAAAAGGGACAGGAAAAGCUUGAAGAGCUGGCCUCAGUUGUGAAUAGAUGUAUCAUCAGGAGAACUCAGGCACUGCUCACCAAGUACCUACCAGUCAAGACUGAGCAGAUUAUUUGCUGUAGACUGACUCCUCUCCAGACAGCACUGUACAAACAGUUUGUCCAGUCCAAGGUCGCAGAAUGUCAGCUGACAUCCAAUGGCAAGGUAGCUCUGAGCUCAUUGUCAUCCAUCACUCAGCUGAAGAAACUGUGCAACCAUCCUGACCUGAUCUAUGAUAAGUGUGUAGAGAGAGCAGAGGGUUUCUCUGAUGCCUUGGAUUUGUUCCCUAAAGGCUACAGCCCGAAAGUCGUACACCCAGAAUUCUCAGAUGGUUACCGAUUUGUUCUGGAAGAGGAAAAUGAUGUGGUGUUCUUGUUUUGUCUUCUGUUGUGCCUAGGAAAGUUCUUGGUGCUUGACUACCUGCUUGCUCUGGUGAAAACUCAGACAGAUGACAAGGUCGUGCUUGUCUCCAACUACACACAAACCCUGGAUCUGUUUGAAAAACUCUGUAAUCAGCGACGGUAUCAGUAUGUUAGACUAGAUGGAGCCAUGUCUAUCAAGAAAAGGGCAAAAGUUGUAGAAAGGUUUAAUGAUCCCAAGUGCCCUGAGUUCAUCUUCAUGCUGAGCAGCAAGGCUGGUGGGUGUGGCCUGAACUUGAUUGGAGCCAAUCGGCUUGUCAUGUUUGAUCCAGACUGGAACCCAGCCAAUGAUGAGCAAGCCAUGGCAAGGUGCUGGCGUGAUGGACAGAAAAAACAGUGCUAUAUAUACAGACUGAUUGCCACUGGGACAAUAGAAGAAAAGAUAUUCCAGAGGCAGACCCACAAGAAGGCACUUAGCAGUUGUGUGGUAGACAAGGAAGAGGAUGUGGAGCGACAUUUCAGCCUGGGCGAGCUCCGUGACCUCUUCAAACUGAAUGAGUCUACCAUCAGCGACACCCAUGACAAACUGAAGUGUCGUAGGUGUGUGAACCAGAUCCAGGUGAGGCCCCCACCGCCAGGCUCGGACUGUAACUCUGACCUCUCCCAGUGGCACCACUCCACAGACAAGAAGGGCAUAGAGGAUCGCAUGCUGAAGGGGGCGUGGGAGGCAGCCGUCACAUUUGCCUUCCACCAUAGGUCACAUGAGGAACAGCGCAAAACUGUCUGACUGAACAUCUACACCCUGGCAGCACUGACAUGAGGCACUCCACCAAGGAACAGAUAAUCUGUUUUUGAGUGCCAGGGACAGAAAAACAGUGCACAUCCUGAUGGAGAUCAACAAGGUGCCAUUUUUACCACCAAGUUUGAACCAAAAUGUACACACUAUAUGACCAAAUCCCUUACUGGUAAUAAACAUGCUGUAUGUAUCAGAAGAGGUGAAUAGUAGAAGCUUUGUUUAAAUCUCCUUGCUGUGGUG